AUCCAAGCACCGCACUUGGAGAUCCCCGUAGACACACUUCAUUCAAACGAGCAGGACUCUGUUCAACUGUUCAAUUAUUCAAUGGUUUAAAUUGACAAGGACACUCUUUGAACCCCCAUUUGCGACAUAAUCUCCAAUCUACCUCCACCCAUCCCCCCAUAAAAUGCCGGAAUCACCGGCCCGCCCCGCAGCUCCCGGUCCGGAGCCGACCGGCGCGGAGGAUGAGAUUCCCAACAACAUAGAGCGACUCAUGGCGUUUACCGGCGGAGAAAGAGUGAAGGAGUUCCUGAAGAUGGUCUUGGAAAACGAGAAGGAACCAGAUUCCCAAAACUGGAUGACCCUCCUACUCCCGCACCUCCACUUCGUCUCCGCCGCCUCCCCACCCGCGUCCCCCACCCUCCGCGUCACCUUCCGGCACACCGUCCAGCCGGAGCACUGCAACGGCCUCGGCAACAUGCACGGCGGCUGCACGGCGACGCUCUUCGACUUCUGCACCAGCGUCGCCAUCGCCGCGUCGCCGGACCUGCGCCCGGGGUUCUGGUCCCGCCUGGGCGUCACCCGCACCCUGAGCACCACGUACCUCCGCCCGGCGCCGCGGGGCGAGGCCGUGCUGAUCGAGUGCGAGGUCGCCCAGUUGGGGAGGAGGAUGUGCGCGCUCAGGGCCGUCAUGAUGAGGGAAGUCGACGGCGCCCUGCUGGCUACGUGCGAGCAUGGGAAGGUCAAUACUGACCCGCCUGCGGCGGCGAAGCUCUGAACCGGGGGCUUCCGGUCGGUACCGGGGGGGGCGGCGGGAAUGAUGUGUGAAUGGUGGGUUUGGGCGUGCCCGGGUGGCGUUUGCUACUA